AAAGCCGUGGUGGGGAAGAGACUGGCGAACCCUCCUCAGCCUGUGUUCGUGCCUGGACUCGGCGCUGUUUACUGCAUGCUCGCCAGAGGCUGCCUGACUGCGAAGCUGAGCGCUGGUCUGGGUAGCUAAUGAGACGCCAGAAAGGAAGAUGGCUGGUUGGCUGACUUACCCCAUUGUACAUGAGAAGCUGGAACAGCAAGAGAGAGAAUGGUGGACAGGCAGCUACAGGGAGAGACACAGCGAGAGAGGAAACACAAGCAGGGGGAACUGGAGAGAGAGAAGCAGGCUUCCUGCAGAGCAGGGAACCUGAUGCAGGGCUCGAUCCCAGGACACUGGGAUCAUGACCUGAGCCGAAGGCAGACGCUUAACGACUGAGCCACCCAGUCUUGAUACAUCAUCAAAAGCAUGGUCUUUCCAAGAUGGCUUAUCAGACACCUCUUUAUCCUUGUUCUGUAUAUGUUCAGGUGCCCAGCAGACAUUUUGCUGCUGCUAUAAAGCCUGCAAAGAAAACAAAAAAAGGUGUGAAAGACAAAGCAUCAGAUGAGAAAAAAGAUGAGAUAGAAAAAAUAAAGUCAUACUCCUUUAUGGAAGGCGAACCUGAGGAUGAUGUCUACUUAAAGCGCUUAUAUCCAAGACAGAUAUAUGAGGUGGAGAAAGCUAUUCAGUUACUUAAGAAAUUUCAAACUCUGGACUUUACUAAUCCAAAGCAAGGUGUUUAUCUUGAUUUGACACUGGAUAUGGCACUGGGGAAAAAGAAAAAAGUGGAGCCAUUUGCCAGUGUUCUUCGUUUUCCAUACCCAUUCAUUUCAGAAAUCAAUAAAGUUGCUGUAUUUACAGGGAAUGCAUCAGAGAUUAAAAUAGCAGAAGAAAAUGGAGCUGCAUUUGCAGGAGGAAUUAAUCUAAUUCAGAAGAUUUUGGAUGAUGAAAUUCAAUCAGACUUUUAUGUAGCUGUUCCAGAAAUAAUGCCCGAGCUUAAUCCAUUAAAGAAAAAGCUGAAAAAAAGAUUUCCAAAACUAACUCGAAAUUCCAUUGGCCGUGACAUCCCCAAAAUGCUUGAAUUAUUUAAAACUGGACAUGAAAUUAAGGUAGAUGAAGAAAGGGAGAACUUUCUCCAGACCAAAAUAGCAACACUGGAUAUGCUAAGUAACCAGAUAGCUGCGAAUCUGCAAGCAGUCAUCAGUGAAGUUUGUAAGCACAGACCACUCAGUUUGGGACCUUUCGUGGUACGAGCUUUCCUUCGUACUUCAACAAGUGAAGGUUUGUUACUAAAGAUCAAGCCAUUGUUGCCUAAAGAAGUAGAAACCGAAGAAAGUAACAAAGAAGAUGCCUAACAAUGUGAUAUUUUGAAAUUAUUUUCAGUGGAUUAAGAAGCAACAAAGAAAAUUAUAAAACUGUAUAUAAUUUCUACAUUUGGUGUCUUGUUAUUUCUCAAUCCUAAUACUUGACAGUGAAUUUUAACAUUUGGAAAAUCUUACAACACUUAUUUUUUUUUUAAGAUCUUAUUUAUUUAUUUGAGAGAGAGAGCACGAGCAGGGUGAGGGUCAGAGGGAGAAGCAGGUUCCCUUUUGAGCAAGGAGCUUGAUGCGGACUCCAUCCUGGGACUCCAGGAUCAUGACCUGAGCCAAAGGCAAACACUUAACUAACUGAGCCACCCAGGCGCCCCACAACAACACUUUCAAAAAUAAGAAAAUAAAAUUUUCUCUGUCUGAACUUGUAUUUUAAAUCCUAUUAAAUUGUCUUCCUUAAAAUUCAGAUUCUGCAUGCUGGUGAUUAUAGCAGCAAUUUCUAGCUUAGUAACUUUCCCUUGAGAGCAAUACCAUCUGAGGGAAAAGUAAUAUUCUCAAUUUUCAUAAGACAGAGAAUGGCAGAGUCAUGAGCUAUAUCACAAAUAUGACUAUUUUCUAAAGAAAAAGUGUGGCAAGUGUUCAUUCUAAAAAUUCUAAAUGUCCUUUGUGAUAGCAUGAAUAUAGAAAAUGACUAAGACAUUAAAACAUGUGGGUGGGAAAUAUUUUUUCCUUUUAGGAAUUAAUUUACAAUAUUUAUGUUUUUUGGUAAUAACAAUACUAUAUAACUUAAUGGUGCUUUGCAAUAUACAUAUAGUGUAUCAUGUUUUCAUAUACUUAACCUCAUUUGAACUUGAAUUCCUUUGCUUAAUAGCAAGUAAUAGGUUUGGUUAGUGUUUGUUGAAUGAACAUCCGAUGAUGUAGAUAGAAAAACUUCAUUUAAUGGAGAAGAAUCAGGCUAGGAAGUUGAGAGUCUUUCAUCAAGUGUCAGUUUGCAAACUGUUUUUGGUGUUUAUUUACUGGUAGGUGACAAAAUGGAAAGCGUAAGGAUGAUUUUGGCAUGCAGUUACCCACUGUCCUUUCUUUGGAAUGACUUCCUUUACUCAGAGACUACUUUUUUUUUUUUUAGUAGAUGUUCAAAAGCUUCUUCUUUCAUGAAAUAAUAGCGUUGAUAAAUUUGUUGGUGGGUUUUAGUAACACCCACUUUGUACAGAGUAUUUUGGCAGUUCCCAAACUGUUUUUGAAAUAGACUUGGUUGGAGAAGUCCAGAUGACGAGCAACCACUGUACCUCAUUAAGCUUUUUCCCACAGGAAAAUUAAAAUUUGAGGGCUGUUUAUCAAAAACAAAGAUUUUAUUUAUUUAUUUGAGAGAGUGAUAGCACAUGCAGGCAGGGGGAGAAGCAGACUCCCCGCUGAGCAGGGAGCCCGAUGCGGGACUCAAUCCCAGGACACUGAGAUCAUGACCUGAGCUGAAGACAGGUGCUUAACCAACUCAGCCACCCAGGCGUCCCACCAAAAACAACUUGAACAUUAACUACAAAAUGGUAAUAGCAGUUACCUUCUCUUGAGUGCCUAUUACUAUCUUAUGCUUUACAUGCAUCCUCAUUUCAUCUUCAUAGCAGUUCAGUGAGGGAGGGUUGGUACUCCCACUUACAGGUUAAGGAAAUUGAAACCUGUAUGAGCUCCCCUAAAGUAAGACUCCAACCUAGAUCUGAUUUUAAAGUCUGUUCUCUUAACCAUUGGGGUAUUUGAUCUCCUUUUUAUAUAUUCUAAGAUAAACUGUUUAGCUGAACAGUUUAAAAUUGUAAAAACAUUGGAUAUUCAGUGUCUCCAUAUCUCUAGUUAUAGAGUUAUGGCAGAGCUGAUGUGAAGAAAGAAAUAAAAGGGUUAGGAGUGAUAUGAGAAAAGAGUAGUGUAGGAUGGGGAGAGAAAAAGAUACUUGUUUUUCCCAGUUACUGUCUUUUGAAAGCUUACUGAUUAAUCAUUAUUUGAAGAUCCUAAUUUAGAGUAGAAGUUCUAUUAUUAUAUUUGUAGAUCUUCUGAUUAGUAGAUUAAGUGUACUCUUAUGAUGGAAAGUUUUAGAAACACUAUAAAUGCACAAAAUAAAUCUAUUCAUAAUCCUACUACUCAGAGAUAAACAGCAUUAAUAUUUUGGUGUUCUUCAUUGUCUUUUUCAAUCGACAGAGACAGAGAGAGAGAACAUACACACACAUGAUGCUAUAAAGUAAGCAUUUUUCCAUAUUAAAAUCUCAUAUGGAAAGCAUCAUUUUAAUGGUUGAGCAAUAUUCCAUCCUGUUGAUGCUGUAAUUUAUGGAAUCAUUUCUUAAUUGUUGGGCAUUUAACUUGCUUUCAGAUUCCCCUCCUCUAUUAUUUACAGUGCUUUGGAGAAAAUCGUUGAGUAUAAUUUAUUUUCCUCUCUAUUCCUAGCAGUGACAUUCCUGGGUUAAAAGGUAUGAUGUGGCUAGAAGUCUUAAUUAUGUCUUAGAAAGGUGCCUUUGUGAUCAGAACAAACCAGAACAAGGAAAUAUGGCUGGAAAACUUGCUCUGGGCAAGAACAUUCCAGGGUUUUAUUAACUGGCCUGUGGAUAAAUUAUUCCCUACCCUUCCAUUAAGCAUUUUUCCUAUUGGCUAACUAGAACUAAUGUUGAGUGUUUAUAAAGGUUUAUUUCUGGAAAAUAGAACUGUACUAGAUUACCCUUAAUGUAAAUAUUUCUCUUUUGUAUUAUUAUUAUAUUUUCUUCUUAGAGAACAGAAAGUUAAAUCUUAUAUUUAAAGAGAUUAAAAACUUAAAAAUUUUAAGUGCCAGUGACACUCAAACUUUAGCCUGCAUCCAAAUCCCCUGGUAGGCUCACAAUCACAAAUUUCUGGGCUCUGCUUAGCAGUCCAGGGUGGUCCUUGAAAAUUUACAUUUCUAACAAAUUCCCAGGUGAUCAUAUUGCUGUUCCAUGGACAACACUUGGAGAACCUUUGUUAUUUACUAAUGGCUCUUUUAAUCCUGGCUAGAUUAAAAAAAAAAAAAAAAGCAACUCUGGCUGUGGUACCAGCAACAACUUAUUUAAAAAUUCCAGGGGCACCUGGCCCGCUCAGUCAGUAGAGCAUGCAACUCUUAAUUUCAAGGUCGUGGGUUCAAGCCCCAUGUUGGGCAUGGAGCCUACUUAAAAAAAAAAAAUUCCACAGGUAAUUCUAAUGCAACAGGAUUGAGAAUCACUGGUAUAUGCAAUUAGCUAGGUUAUAAAGAAAAGUAAAAUUUUCAAUUAAAAGUUACAAGUGAUUUUUAAAACAUAAUAAAAAGAUAAUGCACCAAAUUUAAGAGCCAGGCUAAUUUAUAGGUUUCUGGUCUAUCUCUGUGUGUAAAUAAUUUAAAUUCUGGGUUCUCUGUGAGAAAACAGUUCAAAAUCUGGAAUCUUCUGUAAGAUAAGGACAUCAUAAAAUGAUCACUAUACUUUCUGACAAAAUUUUAUGAUAUACUUUUUGCAGGUGGCAUUUCAUUUUGUUAGAAAUAAUGUGAUAUUAAUAUUACUAAUAUACAUGUGAACAUAAAUUUAAUGUUUUGCUUUUUUUUUUUUUAAGAUUUUACUUAUUUAUUUUACACAGAGAGAGAGAGAGAGAGCACAAGCAGGGGGAGCGGCAGUCAGAGGGAGAGGGAGAAGCAGGCUCUCUGCUGAGCAAGGAGCCCAAUGUGGGGCUUGAUCCCAGGACCCUGGGAUUGUGACCUGAGUCGAAGGCAGCUGCUUAACCGACUGAGCCACCCAGGUGCCCCAAAUUUAAUGGUAUUAGGAUUAUCUUGUGAAGGACCAGAUGCUUGGCGGGAUAUGGGUGCCCUUACUCAAAAGUGAGUUUUUUUGUAGCUAGCAGUUAAUCACAGUGUCCAGUAGGUGGCGAUCAUAACCUGUCAUACAACUUUUAAAGAGCUUUGUGCUUAUUGGUAAACACUUGUUUUUUCGUUUGACUAGAAAGAUAAAAAAAGUAAAAUUAUUAUAUAGACCACUUGGAGCUUUGUUUAUAAUGGGUCUUUUCUAUUUCAUUUUAUUCUGUUUUGGAUAUACCAUGGACUUUGCUUUAGUUGUCAUUGUAAAUAGUGCAUUUAGAAUUCUUUUAUUCCUAUUUUAACUUUUAUCAUAGACUUUUUCAAAAAUACAGUAAAUUUUAAAAAAUAAUGAACACCUCUUUACUUGUCACCCAGCUUCAGCAAUUACCAGCAUUAUGCAAUUGUGCUAGUUACAUCUAUCCCUUUCACCAGCUGCCAGUUUGUCCUUAUGCCUGCUAGGGUAAUUAAAAGCAAAUUCCAUAUAUCCAAAGUCAGAUAUUCUAUCCAUUAGGCUACAUGGCUCUCUGAAAAAUCCCAUAUGUCAUCUCUCUUAACGUAUAGCAUUUUAAGAAUAAUCAAGCUAUAAUUACAAGAAGAUUUUAGGUCUCAGAACCCAUUGUUUUUGUGUUCUACUCUGGCCAUUGAGGGCAUUUAGUUUUUAUUAUAUUUUUCAUGUAAUGCUGGGCAGAUAUCUAUAUGUUUUUCAUGUAAUAAUGGGCAAAUAAUCUAUUUCUGUUGCUCUGAGAACUUAGUACAUAGUAACAUGAUUAGCUAUAAAAGGUUGUAUAUAAAUAUCAAUACUUGAAAAAAUGUGGAAGAAGUUGGUAUCUUCACUUAAAUUUUUAUUUUUUAAUCAAAGUGUAAAAUUAGAAAUGUAACUAUUAUAAGGAAUAGGUUGAAAAAAUAUUUUCAUCUGAGCAUAUCCAAAGGAAUAAGAAGUUUUACUAUAUUGUUUUAUUAAGAAAAUAGAAGCAUAGGGCGCCUGGGUGGCUCAGUUGUUGGGGUCUGCCUUCGGCUCAGGUCGUGAUCCCAGGGUCCUGGGAUCGAGUCCCGCGUCGGGUUCCCUGCUGGGUGGGAAGCCUGCUUCUCCCUCUCCCAUUCCCCCUGCUUGUGUUCCCUCUCUCGCUAUCUCUGUCUCUGUCAAAUAAAUAAAUAAAAUCUUAAAAAAAAAAUAAUAGAAGCAUAUUAAAUAAAUUUGGCAAAGUGGAGAAAGAACACAGUGAAAAAUUUAAAGAAAACAAUGGCCCAUAAUUACUUAAAUAACCACUUAACAUUUUGCUGUACUUCCUUUGUUUCCUUUUCUCUAUGUGGAGGUCUCCUUUUUCCCUCAAAUAGCGUAGCUGUGGCCAUGUUGGGUUCAGAGUAGAAGAGAGACUUCUUGGUUCUGGUGGUUUCCCACAUCACCAGCUCUUCAGUCACUUCCUUUUGAAAAAAGGCAACCAAAAACAAUCACUAAGUAUUUGCUGAAUGAAAGGUCUAACACUUUCUGUAUCUUGUCAAAUGUUACAUAAAUUUUAUAUUAUUAUUUCCUAAAUUGGUAAUUGCUUUAAUGAAAACUAAUUUAUACAUUUUUUUUAAAUAGAAAAAAACAGUGUUUCCCAAAGGGCAACAAGUAUAUACCAUUUAGUGGCACAAGAAAUGAAUUUUAAUGGUAAGUGAACCACAUUUUAAAUUAACAGUUAAGUAUAUCUUUAAUGUAUCAUAGAAAAAUAUAACUAACAUAUAAAGACCAUGAUUUCAUGGGUAUCAUGACAUGGGAUGACAUUACAAUAGGUGAUUAUUUGUAAAGUCCAUUUAAAAACAUUAAGUAAAUUAUAUAAACAUAUAAACUGCUUUCCAAAGUGGCUAUCUUAUUUUACGUUCCCUCCAGCAGGGUAUGAAGGUUCUAGUUUCUCCACAUCCUUGUCAACAUUUGGAAUUGUCUGUCUUUUUUAUUAUAGCCAUUUCUAGUGAGUGUGUAGUAGUCAUAUUUUAAGUGAGAAAAUGAGUUUUUCUGCUGAGAAAGUAGGUAUAAAUGAUAGUAGUUUUUAAAUACAUACCAGUGCAAGAUGGAGCUUGGAUACUAUGAAGCUCCACAAGUAGAGCUAGAACUAGUGUAGAUUUUAUAAAGAAGCAAAUUCUGGCACAAAGUUAAGCAAAAUUUCAAUGCUGUGGACUCUUGAAAAGUAGUGGUGAUCUUCUUAUUGAGCAUAUUGACAUCCAGCUGUAUCAGUUAGCAUUCUUCAAUUACUGUCAAUGGAAAUUGACUGACUGACUUAACCGGAGAAGGAAUGUAUCAUAAGGAUUUGGGAUGAUUCACAGAAUCUAAGGAAAAGUCAAACAGCUGGUAUUGGGAAAGUAUAGGAAGCAGCUCAUGGAAUCUAAGUAGCAGGAAACAAUGGACAGUUUCCUCAGAGAGCUACAAAAUUAGCUCUGUUUUCUGACCUUGUCAUUCCACUCAAGAUUUAAGUUCUCAAGGCAGAGAGUCUGCUUGGCCUAGUUUAGUUUACACACCCACUCCUUAGUCAGGAGAAGACAGAAUUGAUCAUCUCACCUAAAGUGCAUGCAGUAGGGUAAAAGAAAUUCCCCAGGAGAACAUUGCAGUGCUUUUACCAAAAGAAGCUACUGCAUGCUGGGCCGGAAGACAAUAGAUGCCCACUACAUUAGGUCACUACAGCUUGGAUGGAUAUUUAGGAAGAAUUAGGAGCACUGAUUGGAGGGUUAACAAAUCUCUAAGGCCCAUUUAUUCCUAUGAUUUCUGUGAAAUCAAUAGCUAUUAUUUCUAUGAGUUCAAUAUUUGUUACUCAAAGUAUUUUUACACACAAAGCAAAUAUUCUUUGAAUGCAGAAAAAUAAUGUUGCCCAUUUAUUUUUGGAGGGGAGAGAUGUCAAUUUCAUUUUGUUAAACAUAAACAUAUGAAUAGAUUCCCAUGGUAAAAAGAUUCAGUCGGACCAAAACUUCUGUGAAUCCCCCACCCAACCUCCCUGGUGGCUCCAUGUGAAUCUUCUAUACUUAACACAAAUUCUGUUCCCACAUCUACACAGUCAACUGCCUGUUGGCAUAUGGAUAAAAAUGGAUCGUAUUAUACUAUAUUUAAUGUUUUACAAUUAACCUUUUACUCAACAAUAUCUGGAGCAUUAUUCCAUGACUACUAUAUUUUUAAAAAGUUUUUAUGUUGCUCCAUCAUAUAAAUGUACCCUGAUAUAUAUAUAUAUAUUACCAGGUGUAUGUUACUAGUUCCUACUGAUAGAUAGGGUUUUUUUUUUUUACCAAUAUAUUAUUUUGAUGAACAUAAUUGUUAUGUGUGUCUUUGUAAGUAUGAGCAGAUACUUCUCUAAGGUAGAGUGCUAAAAUAAUACAGUGAUUAAGAGCACAGACCCUGGAGUCAAACUAUAAGGAUUCAAGCUCCAACUCUGCUAUAUACCUGUACAUUGUUGUUAUUGCCCAGUAAUUUUAAGGCAAGUUUUACUGACUUAAAACCUAGAUUCAGAAAUCUGAACACCUUGAUAAAUUUUCCCAAAGUAAGUAUGUACCUAGCACAUAGAUCAAGAAAUAGAUAAUACCAACACCCUAGAAGCCCCUUCAUUCCUUCCUUGGAAACUACUAUUCAAGGUGACCAGUAUCAUGACUUCUAAGACCACAUACUUGUUUUAUCAAUUUUUAAACUUUAUGUAAAUGGAAUAAUAAUUAUCAUGAGUAUUUUUGGGGGGAGGUCUGGGUUCAUUCAACAGUAUGUUUAUGAAAUUCAUCAUAUUGUGUGUAGUUUUGAUUUUGCUCACAUGGUAAUUGCUGUAGAAUAUUCCAUUGUGUGAAUGUAUCACAGUUUUUCCAUUCUACUGGUGAUGAAUGUGUGGAUUGUUUAUACAGUUUGGGGUAUUACAAAUAAUGCUGAUAGGAACAUUCUUGUACAUUCUAGUGAAGUUUUAGAGUUACAAAUAAUGUUGCUUAUUAAUAUCUUGUCCAUUUCUUUUGGUGAACAUAUAUAUGCAUUUCUGUUGGAUAUAUACCUAAGAAGUGCAUUUCCUGGAUCAUAAGUUAGGUAUAUGCUCAUUUAUAAUUGAUAAUGCUCAACAGUUUUUCAAAGUAGUUGUGACAAUAUACACUCCCAACAACAUGUAAGAGUUAUACCUGCUCCAUAUCCUUGCCAAUAAUUGGUUUAUCUUUUUCAUUUUAACCAUUUUGCUGAAUGGACAUUAUCUAGUAAUAUUUGAAGAAUUUUUCAAUUGCAUUAGUAGAGGAAACAGAAUUUAGGAUAUCACUCUCCACAGAUUAAAGUUGUAAUAUGGUGAGCUAGAGUUUUCUGGGAUUUAUAAAAUAAUUUUUUCUUAAAAGGUGAUAGAAAUCAAUCAUUUCCUGAUUCCAACAAAUUACUGGCUUCCUGGGAAGGGAUUAAUUUUGUUCAGAUUAUCCUAUGUAAUGAAGGGUUCUCUGUCAGACUCUAGAACCUGGGUUUGAACAUUACCCCCUCUUUAAAUCUGAAUCCCAAUAUUCAAUAAAAUUAGGCCUCUAAAGUUUUAAAAGUAUUGUUUCUGGUACAUUAUGCAGUUUCAAAUACUACUACUCAACCUAGAAUUAGGACUGCAAAUUCAUGGCUUACAUUCUAUCAUCCCCCAUCUCUGACCAGGCAAAUUGCAACAGAUGGUGCGAAUCACUGAAUUCAUUCCCACUGACUUCUACAUGGUUUCAGAUUUUUUUUUUUUCUCAGUCCAGUGCUCUACAUAGUCACACUGUUGAUUAGAAGUGUGGUGGAACAUUAAGACACUUUUUUCAUCCUAUACCUCAAGGUACAAGGUAAUUUGCUGAGUCUUAAAAUUUUCUAAAGUGUUGCCGUGUUUGUCAGCCCUAUAUUAGGCUAAAAAAAAAGAGCCUCAUUCUUAGAAAGCUGCAAUUUAAAUCUAUUACUUAACCCCAGGGACUGAGGAGCAGGCUUACUUUUAGUUUAGUAUUGUUUCAUUUUUAAAUUUUCUUUUUCCUUUGAACAUUAAUCAAAAAAAUUUUUUUCCCAUUUGGACUAGCAAAAAUUCUGAGAGGGUUGCUACAGCUUCAUAGGUCAAAUUAAGUUUUGCCUGGAGUCACUUUCCAGACCAGGUACAGGAGGGGGGAAACCAAGGAACACGGCAGUUUCUGUAUAAAAGACACUGAAAUCAGAUUAUGGGAGGUCUGUGGCAGCUUCAGUUUGUGGGGCACAGCACCAGAGAUAUAGGUGCUUGGUAGAGAAGCUCUAGGAAUCUGCAGGGAUGUCAAAAGAGCUUUUGCUGUUUGCUAAAGAGCACAUGCAUAGAAUGAAAUGCCAUAGGUCAGGCAAAAAGCUGUUACUGGGGAACUAUAAAUUGGACAAUUCCCAGAGCUUACACAUGGGGGAGAUACAUAUGAGUUUUUGCCACCAGAGUGGCAAGACCUCAUUGAAAAUCUUGGGCGUUCAGUAGAUACCCCAGAGUCAUGCCUUAGAAUGGGCUAAAAGGACUGUAAGUUAAGGCUACUCUAGACCAAUACUAGCAAAGUUUAAAAACAAUUUAAAAAGGAUCAAGCUGAUUAGCAAGUAACUGCCUGCCAAAUUCAACACUUCAAAUGAAUAAAACAAAAUCUAAGAUCUUAAGAACAUAGGACUGGGGCGCCUGGGUGGCUCAGUCGUUAAGCGUCUGCCUUCAGCUCAGGUCAUGAUCACAGGGUCCUGGGAUCGAGCCCCACAUCAGGCUCCCUGCUUGGUGGGAAACCUGCUUCUCCCUCUCCCACUCCCUCUGCUUGUGUUCCCUCUCUCGCUGUGUCUCUCUCUGUCAAAUAAAUAAAAUCUUAAAAAAAAAAAAA